UGAACUAGCGGAGCAUGUGAGCCCUUCCCUCGCAAGACCGGCUCGGAGUGGAGUGACCGGCCGUGCUGCCCCUGCUGUGCUUCCCUCCGCCAUGGGCCUCCCUUUGCUGCUGGGGCUGCUGCUCUCCCGAACCGGAGGCCUCCUUGUUCUCUCUCUUGAUCAGCCGCACACCUGUAUAACAGCAGAGACCCUUUGCUUGGCUGAGCCUGCCUGCAGUGCCACUUAUCAGACCUUGCAAAACUGUUCCCAGUCUUUUUCCAAGAGCGGCUUCCUCCUUGACCAAGAAGCCAGGAACAGAUGCUUGGCAGCAGAAACAUUUGUAAGAAGCAGUUAUUUUCAGGAAUGCAAGUGUCACCGGCGCACACGAAAGCUGGAACAGCUGUGCCUGCGCAUCUACUGGACUGUUCAUUUCACUUUUGAUGGCUUUCAUUUGGAGGUGUCACCCUAUGAAGAUACAGACAAUGAAGACUCUUCCAAGACCAAUUACAACAAACUGUCAACUAGGAUUUCAGCUAUGGAUAGGACAAAUCCCUGCCUUCAUGCCACAAAUGUUUGCCACUUGAACCACAAGUGCAUGCGUCUGCGCCCACUCUAUGCCCAGACCUGCAGCACAGAGACCACCUGUGAUCGGCGCAGAUGCCACCAACACCUGAGACACUUCUUUGAGAGGAUCAGCGCAGAUUUCACCAAGAGCCUCCUCUUCUGCCCUUGUCAAGACGAGGUCUGUGGUGAGCGGCGCUGGAAUACCAUUGUCCCGGAGUGCUCUUUCCAGAGGAGCAGCAGCAGCAAGCCAAACUGCCUCGUCCUGUUGGACUCCUGUCUGAAGGACUGUAUCUGCAAAUCCCGGCUGGCAGACUUCCAAGAGCAAUGCAAGCCUUCAGGCACAUCUUCAGAUGGCUGCUCUCCACAUAACCAUGCUGCAUGCCUGGAGGCUUACAUGGGGAUGGUUGGUACUGUACUGAAGGUAUUAACAGCUGCAAUUUGA